AUGGCACCCGCAGAACACAGUAAAACUGUAGACUUUGGGAUGAAGUUAGCAUCGCUGAUGUCGGCUCCUCGCGUCAGUGAUGUGCCUACGCUGGAUAAACUCACCGAUCUCGAGCUUAAUCACUUAAUCGUUGAAGAAGAAGAACCAGCCGAUGCUGAGCAGCCUCUCAGCUAUAUAUUAUCAUGGAUUUUUAGGACAUUCACCCUUGAAGUCCCAGACGUCACAGAGCUCCAGGUUCCAUUACAUAAAAUUCGUUAUCGUGACUCCAGACUACACGAUAAAUUUGCUCACCUUGAUGAACAGUCCAUGGUUCCCUUGUAUGACGACGUCAACUGUAGAUGGAACUGGGCCCUUCCAAAGUCGCACCAUGAAUCUGGCAUUGAUCAACUACCCGAUCUUGAAGAGGAUGGAGACGGAGAAGAGAAUAGUGGGGGAAACUUGGAGUUUGGGAGUGGGGAGAGCCCAUUAACUCAACACCCUCCGGGGGUCAGCACUACUGGCAAUGACAGCCCCAAACCACACACAUUGGAAGAUAUCUUCUCGGCAUUCUUUAACAUCACAUGUGCUGCUGUUGCCCAGAAGAAGCGAACAGAAGUUAUGGUGGCAAACAGCGGAGCAGUCGUUUGCACUUGGAGUGCAUGCAACUCCGUGCGCCCCGUGAAGGAUCAAGAAGUCAUGCGGAAGCCUGACCUUGCAUUGUUGGACGACGUGGAGGCUCGCUGGGAUACCAUUAAAGCAGUUUGUGAGUUGACGUCGCAAGUUUACACACCCACAGGCACAAUUGGAAAGACGAUUGACAACAAGGCUUACCUUCUACUGAGACGCCAACCUUGGAGGCGUUUUGUCUUACUUUGCUCCCUUACCAAUGGAUAUCGCGAACUGCAAGUCCACAUGUACGACCAUGCAGGUGGUGUCAUGACGCCUCCUAUCCAUAUCGACAAUGCUCCAAAUCGUUACCUGCAAAUCUUAUCCAGCGUCGUCUUCGGUAGUCUUGAGUGUAUUGGGUAUGAUCCUUCCAUCAGUAUAUUUACGAAGACGCUUCGCCCCGCUCAACUCGAAGAUCCAACUUCUCGCCCUUCUACGAACAGACCACCUGCACAAGGUCCCCAGGCAGGAAGUCUGAUUGCAGGCACUGCAACACCCGAGUCUGCCUUGGGGACAGACUCAAACAUGGAGAUGUCAGAUGAGGAAAGCCUCCCCAUAGACCCCCCUCAGUUAGAAAUACCCCAAGAUCCCCUUCGUGCCACUUUUUCAACCCCGAUCGGCAGGAUCAUAGUCAACGACCAUGCAUAUGAUAUUCUCGAACUCAUAUUCUUGAGUCAGGGGCUCGUUGGGCGCGGUACCGUGUGCUAUUUAGCCAGGAGGAAUGGUAAAGAAUACAUCAUCAAGGAUCAUUGGGUCCUUGGGGGUAAAGAUGUUGCGUUGAAUGAGGUUAAAAUGCUGGGGGAGAUGUGA